UCUCUCUUGCCAGUCUCAGCUGCAGGAGGCUGCAGCUCCAUCACUUCAGGAUCUUCACUGGCACCGGUUACCAGCUAUGAUCUGCCCACUUCCCAGUCAAGCCAUUUUAUUCUGACCUGGGAUCUCUUUAUUUGUUUGCAUGGAAGAUAACAUCCUACCGCAUAUUCAUGGAUUUCUCAUACCACAACUAAUUUGACUCAAACCCGGGAUUGGUGAAAACAAAAAAAAAGACAAAAAAAGGGGUUACUCCAGCGAUUGUUAUAAGGUUUGUGGAAGCUGCAGUUCAGCCUGUCUUGGACAUGGGACCGUGCGUCAGCCGAGAGGGAUCCGGUUCCUGAAGGAGGAAAAGCCCGUGUGCGGGAGUUUUUUUUUAUUUUUGUUUUUUGUUACAGGGGAGGGGGAGCUGUGGGUUUUACGCGCCGAAAUGAUGCGUCCCAACCGCGGCUUCAUCCUGCUCCUCCUCAACGGAACCGCUUGUUUGGUGGCCCUGGGUCAAGAAGACGACUCCUCCAGCCCCAAGAGCUCUUCAGACGACUCCUCCAAGACGGUGGGCCUCCUGAGCGGCCAGGCUCCCCUUUCGCCCCUGAGCCGCUGGAUGCUUCACAGUAAGAGCAGAGCUGCAAAUACCACCUCUCUGGAGCUGCCCUACCGCUCCCCGGUCCCUUUCUCCAAGCAGGAGUUUUCUAAGCAGGAGUUCUGGGAGAUGUUAGGCAGUGACCUGCUCAAACCCGAUGCAUCCAGCUCCAGGGUCAAACGGCGGCCCAUCGUUAAGACCGGCAAGUUCAAGAAGAUGUUUGGCUGGGGAGACUUCUAUUCCAAUAUCAAGACGGUAAGGCUUAACCUGCUGAUCACCGGCAAGAUUGUGGACCAUGGUAACGGCACGUUCAGCGUCUACUUCCGCCACAACUCCACGGGUCAGGGCAACAUCUCAGUCAGCCUGGUGCCACCUGUCAAGGCGGUGGAGUUUGACCUGGAGCGCCAGAGCGUGGUCUACCCCAAGGACUCAAAGAUCUUCAACUGCCGCGUGGACUAUGAGAAGGUGGAUCGCAGCAAGCGCACCUCGCUGUGCAACUACGACCCAUCCAAGACCUGCUUCCAGGAGCAGAUUCAGAGCCACGUGUCCUGGAUUUGCUCCAAGCCUUUUAAGGUGAUCUGUAUCUACAUUUCCUUCUACAGUACAGACUACCGCCUGGUCCAGAAGGUUUGUCCGGACUACAACUACCAUAACGAGAUGCCCUACCUGCCCUCGGGCUAAAAGACUCGGAGGGGGGAGGAGAGGUGGGAGGGGAGAGGAAAAGGGGGGUGAGUAGGAGUGACUGUAACACAUGAGGAGGAAACCAGGGCUGUGAAUCGUUCUUAAUGCCACUGUGGCAGCAAGACACCUUAAAAAAAAUAAAAAUAAACUCUCUGUAGCCUAACUAUUGUAAAAACAUAUAUGCAAGACAAAAAUUACAGUAUGCAUAAUAAUGACAGUGAGGCAUUUGGAAUGCGUAACGGCUGCAUUCAUUAACUGGACUGGUCGUGAAAAUCAAACAUGCACAUUCUUACCUCAAUUCAGUUUCUAAAUGCCAACUCCUCGCCAGCUAAUUCUCUCUUCCAUUAAGCCACUUGUGAAUGUGAAUGUCCUUUUCAUCAUCCUUUACUAUAUUUCACUCUCGCAAAGUCACAAGGCAGCAUUUCCAGGGAAUGGUGCGAUACGAUUCACUGGAGAGUACACAAAUUCAGACUUUAUUACAAACAUCAUGCAGGGUACACACACCCCCACCCCUCCUUCGCACAGUUGCUAGUAGCCAGAGAGGACACGGAGUAUUAAAAAAAAAACAUGAUGGAUUCAUCAGAAAAGGCAAUUAUGUUCACUCAAGCUUCUGCGCGGGAAAGUCACCAGACGCCCCAAUCUUCUGAACAUAGCCACGCUGAGACAUCCAGAGAGAGAGUUGCGUGGAGCUGAUAGGCUUAAUUAGCUUUGUAGCAACUCAUUUGGCAAUGGCUGGAAUGUAACAGAUGUUCAAUAAUAUUAAAAAGUUACACACUCUCGCUCACUGUAAAUGAUUAAAAAGUUACCAUAGGGAACACAAAGCAUUGUUUUCUCACUAAGAGCAGAUUCAUGUGAAGUGUAAUCAACCACUGGAUCAUUUAGGUCACACUCAAUUCAAAGUCUCUUCAAGGGGCAUGGAUGGAAAAAAAGUUCCUUUUACCCCCC